AUGCCACUUCUCUCCCCGUUUUCGCAAUGCCUCUCUUCCCUCGCCCAGCUAAAUCACAAAUGGGGUAGCCAUAGGAGUUCAAGGGAAAUAGAGGGAACGGAAAAACAUCUGCCAAGCCGUUUGCUAGAUGUCUUUUUGCGUACAUGGGAUCUAGGUUUUACAGCCUUCGGAGGACCACCAGUACACUUCCAGAUUCUACAUGCCAGGUUCGUGGAAGGACAGGGCGGCAAGGAAAAAUGGGUAGAUGAGCAGACUUACCAGGAACUCUUUGCUAUUUGCCAGGGUCUUCCAGGUCCUGCUAGCACGAAGUUGGUAUUCUGCCUAACCCUAUUUCAUGCAGGAUUUAUUCCUGCCAUGCUUGCGUUUUUUCUUUGGAGUCUUCCUGGCGCAAUUGGCAUGUAUGCCCUUUCACUUGGUGUGCAGAACAUGAGUGAAACCCUUCCCAAGCCCGUUUACUCCCUACUUUCCGGCCUAAACGCCUCCACAGUAGGUAUUGUUGCACUUGCGGCCGUGCAGUUGGCCGAAAAAGCCAUUCGCGAUAAACUAUCCCGGAUUCUUGUGAUAUUUGGCGCAUGUGCUGGCCUUUGUUAUAAUGCACUUUGGUAUUUUCCCGUCAUGAUGAUUAUCGGUGGUUUACUCACGAGCAUCUGGGAUGGAUGGCUAUAUCAACGAGUUUUGAGGGCAAAGAUCGCUUGGAGGAACAGACAUAGUGUUCCGCAGGAGUUGAAUGUGACAAAUGGGGAUACCGCAGACACGGACUAUAUAACCCUGGAAGAGAAUACAGCGCAAAUGAGUGAGACGACGGGAUCGAGGAAGACGGAUCCUAGAAUUGAAGGACUGCCACAGCAUACAGUCAAUACCACAGGGCCAACGCAGUCCGCCGAGGAUCCUUCACAACAGCACGUUAUUCGGAUUCGGGUCGGAGCUUUGAUCCUGGUUCUCUUUUUUGGCUCCUUCAUCGGGAUUCUUGUUGCCCGAAGCCAGCUCGCUGAACCCCCACUAGUCCUCGACCUCUUUGCCAACAUGUACCUCGCUGGCACUGUUAUAUUUGGUGGAGGUCCUGUUGUCAUUCCCCUUUUACGCUCCUAUGUUGUCGAUCCUGGGUGGGUCUCUAGUAGAGACUUCCUGAUCGGUCUUGCCAUUAUCCAAGCUUUCCCCGGUCCCAACUUCAACUUCGCUGUCUUCUUGGGGGCACUAGCACUGCAGGGCUCGGGCUACCCGACCAUUCUCGGUGCAUUUCUCGGCGGUUUAGGAAUCUUCUUUCCUGGAAUCACGCUGGCCGUUGCAAUUCAAAGCUUCUGGCGUGUAUUGCGAAAGAAGAAGUACGUGAUUGACUUUCUCAGAGGUGUGAAUGCUACUGCUGUUGGGCUAGUAUUUACGGCUGUAUACCGAUUGUGGGAGAUUGGAUACCUGACUCCUGAAAAAAGCGACGGACAGAGUCUGGGCAAGGAACCAUGGUGGGUUGUUGUUGCGGCGGUAACAUAUUCAGGGAGCGCAUGGUUCAAUGUGCCUCCACCCGUGGCUAUUGUAAUGGGCGCUGUUUUAGGGUUAUGCUGGUAUGGAGCCGUGGGGCGGUAA